UAGUAAAUUCAUUGUUGUUAUUGUGUCUGCAGGUCCGCGAGUGUUGUGUAAUGUAAAAUUAUGAUUAGUGGUGUAUCAGGGAAGUCUGUGGCGUAAAGAUAAUUAGGUAAAGUUGGGAGAUGAAGAUGCAACCCGAAGUAAAAGUCAGUGGUGGAUGGAAUGGAUAUUGGAUAAGAAAGCUCUCUCUCUCUCUCUCUCUCUCUCUCUCUCUCUCUCUCUCUCUCUCUCUCUCUUGCCGUUACAUCAGUCUCAGUGUUUCCACGGCAUGGUAAGCUAAAUUUAUACCAUUGCAACAUCAGGAAUAUGAAUUUUGCAUGCCGUAUUGGAUUCUAAGAAACUGUAUCCCUCUAAUUUUUAUUAGGAAAUGUAGUUUUUUAGAAAUAAACAUGGAGACGCCCCUCUUCCUCCCCCAUAGGUUCUCUAGACCAGAUCUUGUAAGUUAGUGUAGGUUAGGUGAUGUAGUAUACCUUGAAAGGAUCCAAGGAGGCACAGCUUCUCAGGUAGAUUAGAUUAGUAUCUAAGGGAAGUCCAGGGAGCCACAGUCCUCCUGUUAAGUCAGUGGGACAGGAGAAUUAUGUUGUAAUAAAAUUUACUGUAAUUUGUAGCAGGAGGGAUGAAGGGCCAAGAGGCCAGAAACUAGUCCAGUCACUGAGUCAUACGUACUGUAGCUGUUUGCUGCAACGUGAUCCUUUAUGCUCUGUCUACCUUGUUGGGUAUGUGAGUAUGUAACCACUUAUGUGUUUCAGGUCAUGGCUGGUCAAGAGGAGAGCAAGGACAAACACCAACACCUGGUUGGAAUAUGCAUGGGGAUGUGUCCCAAUGCAGAGGUGCGGCUGCGACAAAGAGAGAAAAUGAUCCAUCCCUUAGAGAUGGCACUUGACUCCAAUGGCCAACGAUUGAACUACCCUCAGGUCCGGGCCAUGGUCAAAAUGUUCUCCCGGCCUGCCGCUGGCCAGCAGGUCAAGGCUGCAGAUGUUCGGCCAGUGCCUGUGCUGAUGAAGACCCUCAGAUAUUUGUUAGCAAAUGUGUGCUGCCGGAAGGAUGUGCCAUGGGCCUUGGUGUACCAGUUUGUGAGUGAUCGGCUGCAGGCCAUCCGACAGGACUUGUGUGUGCAGAGAGCAAGGAAUCUCACGGCCUUGCAGAUCUAUCAGGCAGUUGUUAGGUUCUAUAUAUAUGCUCAUUAUAGAACUUGUGAGCACGAGCUAAAAGACUUUGAUCCGUUCCUCAAUAUGAAGCAGCUUCUUGAUACGUUGUUCCUUGUAAUGUCCCUCUACCAAGAAUUAGACUUGUUCAGCAAUAUUGUGGCAUCAGACAAAGUGGAUCUUACAGACUACACUUCCUUCAGUGGCCAUGAUGAAGAGAGUGAAGAGGAGGACAGUGACAGUGACAGUAAAGUUGAUGAUGGAGCAGAAACCAAAAUAGUACAAGAUUCCAAAGCAAGUGAAAAAAGUACGUCAAAUGGAGGAGAAACUACCUCGGGUUUGGAAGAAGACAGCAAUACUGUGAGGCAUCAUGACGACAACAGUUCAGGAAGUGAUUCUGUCAGGGCCAUUAACACACAGGAGAGAGAAAAGGUUUUACCAUCAGAAAGAGAAAAUAAAAAGCAUUAUGAUGGGGAUAUUGUUUCCUGCAGCAGCCUUCAGGAAGAAGGUGUAGCCUUGUAUUUGCUGGUCAAUCUGGGUAAUGAAGAGGCUAUCAUGAAUGCUAUGCAGCUCCAUCACAACAUUAAAUGCUCCAAGCUUGUGAGCCUCACACUGGAGAUGAACCUUGCCUGGCUCACCUACAACUACUACAGAGUCCUGAAGCUCUCCACCUGUCUUCCACCUUUGUGCCAGUGUGCUUUCCAUAUUCACCUCACUGUGAUCCAGAGGAAGUCUCUUGGCAUCCUGAAUCAAUCUCACAGCUGCAAAGGGCAGUCAUACAGUUUGGAGCAGCUGUCUGAGAUGCUGCUGUACAAUAACAGUGACCAUCUUGCCCAGGCCUGCACACACUAUGGCCUCCCUGCCAUCAACGGAGGUGUCAUCUUUACUAAGGGGAAAUUCGACUAUGAAGCUCCAUUGAUGAAGCCAUGCCACACCAGGAGAAUUGAAGACCAGCUUGCUGCUGUUCCCUUGCCUGACCUGUUACUGCCAACUUUGAACUAUUGAUAUGAGAGUGUGGCUGACUGCUGUGAGCACCACCUGGGGCACCGCUGCUAGGAGUGAUUACUUCUUGAUGAAGCCUCUCACUCUUGUCAUGCACUUGUUGACAAACGACGACUUUCUUUGCAAGUCGUCGGUCGAAGCAAGCGA